GAAUAUCAUCAUAGCAAAAAAAAAUACAUGUUCAAUAAAUAUAAGUUAAAUCAAUAAAAAUGUAAUUUUAUCGUUCUGAACAAUUUUUUUUACAGUAGAAGAAACACUGAGAUGCUUCCGCCAUAAGGAUAAAACGAAAAACAGCUGUUGGUCAAAGUGCGGAGUUUACGUACAGUACAGCUUUCACACACUUUCUUUCUGCUAUUGUUUCCUUCGUUUUCUCUCUCGCCUGUGCUUACUCGGGUUAAUAAAAGGGAGGUUGAGGAAUGAAUGAAGAUCCUGAUAUGGCGAAAAGAGUUGUGCGGCCUCCCCUUUAAGGAGGAACUUGCUCUGGUGGUGGAAACAGCUGAAACUGUAACUCGAUCCUCUGAGAACGCCGCUCGUUUGCUGGGACAAACAACGAAACCAGCAGCAGAGUUUACUUCACCGAGCCGGAAGGAUAUUUUACUGUCACAUGUAACUGUCGAGCUGCCUAGGAAUACUAGAGAGCGGAUUCGGGGGGAAUUUAGUCUCUAUGGUGGCGGUUGUGUAGCUACUGUUUUGAAACAGGAUUACGGGCCCGGACUGCGCGCGGGGAGCUGCCGCUUGGUUAUGGUGUGAUGCUUACUUGUGAUUGUGGAGUGUAUCUUCAGUAAUUACGAGUGGUUUGUCUCUUUCUUGUUCACCAGACUCCCCAUUCCCAGUAGUGAACACAAUGGAAACCAUCACUAAAUGGAGCCCCAAACAAGUGGUGGACUGGAUGAAGGGCCUUGAUGAAAGUCUACAGCAGUAUGUCCGCAGCUUUGAACGAGAAAAGAUAAAUGGUGAACAUUUGUUGCAGAUUUCUCAUCAGGACCUUGAAGAACUUGGUGUUGUACGAAUUGGCCAUCAGGAGUUGAUUUUAGAAGCUGUUGACUUGCUUUGUGCACUGAACUAUGGCCUGGAGACAGAUAAUAUGAAAAAUUUGGUCCUCAAGUUGCGCAACUCAUCCAACCACCUCCAGAACUACAUUAUUGGUAGAAGAAAAAACACUGGAUAUGAUGGAAAUACCUCACACAAGCCACCCAAUGAAUUUCUGACCUCAGUGGUUGAGCUUAUUGGAACUGCUAAAGCCUUGCUAGCAUGGCUAGAUAGGACUCCAUUUACAGGGAUUAUGGACUUUUCCUCAAUAAAAAACCAAAUUAUACAGCUGUGCCUAGAUUUGACUACUACAGUUCAACAGGACUGUACUGUGUCACACAUGGAAGACAAGGUCAUCGAUGUGGCUAAGGUUCUAAAUGGGAUUUGUGAUACAACAAUACGAUCAACUUCUGACCCAUUAAUGAAUCAAUGUGCAUGUCUGGAUGAGGUUCAGCUGACUAAUGUUAGGCCUGGAGAAGGACUGGGCAUGUAUAUUAAGUCAACAUAUGAUGGCCUGCAUGUCAUUACUGGAACUACAGAAAAUUCUCCUGCGGACAGAACUCGGAAGAUUCAUGCUGGUGAUGAGGUGAUACAGGUUAACCAUCAGACUGUGGUGGGUUGGCAGCUUAAAAAUCUUGUUGGAAAAUUACGAGAGAACCCUGUAGAAGUUGUACUACUAUUAAAGAAGAGACCAGCAGGAACCAACAGCUUUUCCCCAGCACCUCUGAAGAACCUUCGAUGGAAACCUCCACUUGUGCAGACAAGCCCGCCAUCAACUACAUCCCAGUCACCAGAAAGUACCAUGGAUACCCCAGUGAAGAAGGAGAAGCCAGCCAUCUUGGACCUUUAUAUACCUCCUCCUCCCUCUGUUCCUUACACUCCUAGGGAUGAACAUGGAGUUUAUGACUGUAAAAGACUGGAAAAUCAGGGACAGACAAGGCUGGUCCCAAAAGGUUCUGAAUCUCCCAAUUCAUUUUUGGACCAUGAAAGUCGAAGACGCAGAUUUACUAUUGCAGAUUCUGAACAGUUAGCCAUCUAUCCUAUAGAAGCCUAUGCAAUACCUGCGAAAAUGAGAGAGAAAAAUCAAGUUUAUGGAAGGCCUCGUCCUCUUUCAAUGCCUGCAGAUGGGAACUGGCUGUGUGCAGCAGAUGUUUCUUCACGGCCUCGAGUACCAGCAAGGAAAGGUGAAGAUGCUUUAUACAGAUAUUUCAGUAAUGAGAGAAUACCUCCUAUUGUAGAAGAAAGUGCUUCCUCACAGCAACAGAUUUCUAAACACCCAGCAGACAGACAGAUGGGUAGGGGUAUAGACUACAUACGAAGCAGCCGGUAUUUGGUCAAUGCAGAUCUGCACAAUAGUGACACUAUCCCUUUUCAGGAAGAUGGUGCUAAAAAGAACUCUGCUAGUUCUCCUUCCAGAACGCAAUCAUCAGAACCUUCUAUACUGGCUAAUUGGAUUACAAGACUUAAAAUGUUAACUCACUGAUUGCCGUUUGCAGGACUGUUUGACUUUCCUGAGUGCCUUUGUUCUCUGGAUCAUGUUUCUUCAUCUGCGCAGUAUUACACAGGGAUGCUUUCUUGUUAAGCAUUUAACUUAAGUUAUGAACUUAGCUCUAUUUAAAUCAGCAGUCAAGUGACAGUAUUGACCAUCCCUAUAAAAGCUGGAAUAUUUUUUCUGGUAGCAAAAGAGAUGUUGCCUUUAAAUGGGUACCGUCAAGUGCUGCAUUUUGUACCCAUACACGUCAAAAUUUUUCACUGUGCCUGAGUUAUGGCUAGGGACCUUAGAGGGACUUUGUAAUAGUUUCCUAAAAGGAAAAUGGCCUUUUAUAUAUAUUUUUAUCUCAGAAUAAAUGUCACAUUACCAAAGUGUUUAAAUUAUGCAAGUAGAGUAAACAAUUGAAAUGAUGUGAAUUGUAGCAGUUUUCCAUAACCUGCAGGUCUGUGUAUAUUUUACAAAUUAAGCAUUUACCCCACUCAUGAAUGAGCAUAGAAGGCACCAGAUUGGAAUUAUCCAAAUUAAGGCUCUGCCUAACUCAUGAAAGAGUACAAAUCUGUAGAAGAGACAACGUUGUAGGACAUACUUUUAAAAGAGAAACAAAUGUGCAUUCUGUGUUAAACAGAAGUCUUAAUGUAAUGUUUGAAAUGCAUUAUUAGCUUCUCGUACAUCUUUAUUUUAUGCAAAAUUUCAUUUCCAGUGAUGCUGUUGAUGCUAGUGUUGAAAUUUGUGUAAAUAAUUUUUUUUAAUGUUACACUUUUGCUUGUGUGCUCAGUUUUCUAUAUGACCAGACUUGAGAAAUGACAUGACUGCUUCAUACAGUGAUUUGGGUACCACAGGAAAGCAAAGCAUUCAGAGUAUUAAGUUAGUUUAAAAAAAGCAAUCACUUGCAUUAUAGUUUCUGUGCUACAGUGUGAUCUGGUAUUUUCUAAAGGAAAACACUCCACGUAAAAGUCCUAGUUGACAGCACACCAUUCAAUUAAGUGGAACUUGUGUCGUUAAAGUUAGUAUGGAAGUAAUGGUAGUCUGUACAUCACAGGUAUAGGCAUUACAGGCUCAGUCUGUCAUGGGGUCACAGCAGGACGUACAACUCCAAGAAAAAUGUUAGUGAGCCAUCCUUACAACAAGGCAAAUGCAAAAAUAAUGUGUGUUUCAUUGGAAAUGUAAUUCUGUACUCUACGUUAGAAGGAAUAUUCCUAACUCCAUGAGAUUUGUACAUUUGCUACAGAUAUAUGGUUGUCACUUUAAAAACUAGACUUGUAAUGUAGCUCUGCCUUUGUUAUUUUGUACUGUAAAAUUUACAAACCAAGUAAUACAGUAAUCUACAGACUAUGCACUAUCUGAACAAAUAGUACCAUAUUCUUUCUCAGUGAACUUAUUUACAUAUUGCACUAAAAAGAAUGUUGCUAGCUCUGCUUUUCUGCAAAAAGUAAGGUAUUAUUCUGUGUAAUUUUAGAUACUGCUGAUAAUACAUUAUUUGGGUAUAAUGUCAUAACUGCAGAUGGCCAGGACGCCUGCAUCCCAAUAUUUUAAUCAACCUAAAGAUUGGGAUCUGGCCAGUCAUAAAUGCUGAAGGCAUGAAAAAGUUGUGCAUCAUACCUAGUCAUGUUGUUGAAGAGCCAUGCUCAGAACACGGAUUAGAGCUUUUCUUGCUCAUAUUAGUUGCUGUUUUAGGCAUCGUUAAUGGUCACUAAUUUGUACCGAUUAGGCAUGUGGUAUUUAUUCAUUUCUACUUUGACAUCUCAUUGUGCAGUAUAGGGUUGUGCCUUUUCCAUGCGGCAUCUCUCUUAUCAGUAAAAAUCCCACAUAAUGGAGAGUGUGGCUGUAUCCAUAGUAUUUGUUUGCUUGCAACUGUCCAAGUCUAGGCUUAAAUUUCAAAAUGCGCCUCUCACAGUUGAGGUAGGGUAAGCCCACAGCUGCUUCAUUUUAUUCAGUUUUGAAGGUUUCAAUUUUCAGUUACGCAAUAAAGAUAAAUUAUGCUAUGCAGAGUUGAUCAUUGCAAAUGAACUGUGGGACAUGACUUGUAUAUUUGACAUACAUUAUUGAAAAUGCCAAUUUCUGCUUAGGAUACUUACAAUGGAAACAUUUGUCUAACCCUUGUUACUGUUGAAAAGUCAGUUGCUUUUCGUAUUUACAGCCAUUGUGAAUCAGAGUAAUAUUCACAAAAUUCACUGUCUGUAAAGAAGAGAGUAGUUGAUGUCUGUGAUUGCAGCCAUCGGGAGUAGCAUACGAUUUUUGCAUAACAAGAAUUCCUAAAAGGAAGCUAUACAUACGUAGCAUGUUAAAAAAAAUAAUUUUUAGGGAUAUCAUUAGAUAAUUCCAGGCACUGUUGUUCUUGACAUUGUGUUUUUGCAGAGUCAGGGUUUAUUCAUUAUAAUCCUAUACUGUUGGAGAUAUUGUUAGAAAAGUGACUCCCUUGGUUUUACAAAUGUGGGUCACACUGCUCUUCUUGUAUGCCUUUUGGCACUUUGGUGCUUUUUAUAUGUCUGUAUGUAUAAAAUUUAAAAGUGUAUUAUAGUAGUGCAGUUCAUGGUUGAUUUGUAAUAAUUUAUACUUUUAAUAAUUGAAAAUGGUAAUGAGAAAGUUGUAUGUUUUUUGUUCUCACCAUUCUGUAACUGCCUUUUUUUUUGGAAUGAUGAAGACCUGAAGGUUGUAAACAUUUCACUGUGAGAAUGAAACUUGGUUCACCAUUAAACAUGCAGAUCUUACAAACCUGA